AAGCUGCCGGAAGAAGCUCAGCGUUCAGUGCCGGUCUCCUCGUGUCCGUCCGGCGCCGCGUCCUGGCCGGCAGCAGGUGACCCCCAUGUCGUCCCGGCAGGCUCCAGAGGAGGAGCAGGGCGGCGGCGAUCCCCCCGGGGACCUCGGCAGCGUCCUGGUUGCCAGCGUGCUCAACCUCGAGCCGCUAGACGAGGAUCUGUUCAGAGGAAGACAUUACUGGGUACCUACAACCCAGCGGCUGUUUGGGGGUCAGAUUGUGGGCCAGGCCCUGGUGGCUGCAGCCAAGUCUGUGAGCGAAGACAUCCAUGUGCACUCCCUGCACUGCUACUUUGUACGGGCAGGGGACCCCAAGUUGCCGGUGCUGUACCAGGUGGAGCGGACGCGGACAGGGACGAGCUUCUCGGUGCGCUCCGUGAAGGCCGUGCAGCACGGCAAGCCCAUCUUCAUCUGCCAGGCCUCCUUCCAGAAGGCUCAGCCCAGCCCCGUGCAGCACCAGUUCUCCAUGCCCAGCGUGCCCCCACCCGAAGAGCUGCUGGACCACGAGGCCCUCAUCGACCAGUAUUUAAGGGACCCCAACCUCCAAGAGAAGUACCGGGUGGGACUGAACCGAAUUGCUGCCAAGGAGGUGCCCAUUGAGAUUAAGCCGGUAAAGCCACCUACCCUGAGCCAGCUGCAGAGCAUGGACCCCAAACAGAUGUUCUGGGUGCGAGCCCGGGGCCAUAUCGGGGAGGGCGAUAUGAAGAUGCACUGCUGCGUGGCUGCCUACAUCUCGGACUACGCCUUCCUGGGCACGGCAAUGCUGCCCCACCAGCGGCAGCACAAGGUGCACUUCAUGGUCUCUCUGGACCACUCCAUGUGGUUCCACACCCCUUUCCGAGCUGACCACUGGAUGCUCUAUGAGUGUGAGAGCCCCUGGGCUGGUGGCUCCCGGGGGCUGGUCCAAGGGCGGCUGUGGCGUCGGGACGGCGUCCUGGCUGUGUCCUGUGCCCAGGAGGGCGUGAUCCGAGUGAAGCCCCGGGUCUCAGAGAGCAAGCUGUAGCCAGAGGGACCAGCUUGGCCUGGGGCUUCAAGGAUCACCCUUCUCCCCACCAACUCCGAACAGUUGAGGGCUGGGCCUUCUGUCCCCAAACCCAAUAAAGAGACUAAUACCACUG